AUGGCAUCGUCCGUCUCGCUCAAAAUUGAGUUCGGCGGCGGACUAGAGCUGCUCUUCGCGAACCAAAGCUCCCAUAAACUUACGCUCCCGAAAUUCGUUCCUAUCUCUAACUCGACAUCCCUCUCAUCUCUCUCUUCAUCUAAUCUCAAAGACACCGAUACCGAAUCAGCGACGAGCGACGACGCCGCGAUCCCUGAUGGAUUGAAACGCGUAGAUGUUACGUACCUGCUACAUCACCUGCGGGAUCAUCUGCUGAAGGAGCGACCGGAACUGUUCAUGGAUAAGGAGACUGUGCGACCGGGGAUUUUAGUGUUGAUAAACGACACGGAUUGGGAGCUAGAAGGUGAGGGGGAGUACGAACUCAAAUCAGGAGAUGAACUUGUAUUUAUUUCAACCCUACAUGGCGGGUGA